AUUAGGGGGAAAAAUCAUACCGCGCGCAUUGAUUCAAGAAGACAAGUUUAUAGUGUUGACAAAGGGAGGGCGGGGGAGCUGGAAUAAAAAAUCAUAAUGGACGAGAUACAAGAAGAGGACAGCUGCAGUAUUUAUCCAGCAGCUUUUCCCUCCAGAGAGGAGAUUAGGGCUCGGCUGCAGAACUUUUUAGAGGACCAGAUGCACACCAGUAUGUGGACUGGUGUGCUGAUUGGAGUAGCAGCUGCUGUCUCACUCAUAAGUGUUAUUAUAUAUUUGUUGUACAGAAGAUACCAAGCAAAACAGCAAACUGAAGCCCCCAAGUAUCGCUUCAGGAAAAGGGAUAAAGUGAUGUUUUACGGACGGAAAAUAAUGAGAAAGGUGCAGACGUUAUCCUCUCCAGCCAGCUCAGGUCAAGCGUCUCAAAAACGAACCAGAAAGAGAACCAAAGUUCUUUCAAUUGCACGCAAGAUAUUGCGUAUUAGACGGGAGCCGCCCACUCUUCAGCCCAAAGAGCCGCCUCCGUCAGUUCUGGAGGCAGAUUUAACCGAGUAUGAUGUUCAAAACUCUCACCUGCCUUCGGAGGUCCUGUACAUGCUAAAGAACGUCAGGGUUCUGGGUCACUUUGAGAAGCCUCUGUUCCUGGAGCUGUGCCGUCACAUGGUGUUCAUGGAGCUGCAGCAGGGAGAAGGACUUUUCCGGCCCGGGGACACAGACGACAGCAUCUUUGUGGUGCAGAAUGGCCGUCUUGACCUCUGUGUUAAUCAGGUUGACGGGACAGAGCUGGUGGUAAAGCAUGUUUUGCCUGGAGACAGUGUUCACAGUCUGCUUAGUAUCCUGGAUGUCAUUACUGGAUAUCCAGCCCCCUAUAAGACCGUAUCAGCCCGCGCUGCAGCUCCGUCCACUGUUCUCCGUCUUCCUGCUGCAGCCUUUCAGUCGGUGUUUGAGAAAUAUCCUGAAACACUGGUCCGGGUUGUUCAGAUCAUGAUGGUGCGUCUGCAGAGAGUGACCUUCCUUGCCCUGCACAACUACCUGGGGCUGACCACCGAGCUGUUUAACACGGAGAGUCAGGCCGUUCCUCUUGAGAACGUGGCCAGGGUGCUGGGAGAGGGAAGCCCAGGCCGAGGCCAUCGCAGACACUCGCACUCCGGAGAGGAAGCUAUACCUGAGAAACUUGUGCACGGAAGCACAGAGAAGCAAAGCGAUGCGGGUGAUGGGAAGCCCAGACCGAUGCAGAGUCCAUCAGCGGCCUUCAGGAAAUCUCGUUCCAUGUCCACUCCAUUAGAAAGCUCACUUUCAGCAGGAGGCAGUGAUCUCAGCACAGCCUUUGAUGAAGUGACUGCCCAGAAAACUGAACUCCCUCCAAACCCUGUAGCAUACAAGUCAAUUCUGAAGAAGAGCGUGACCAUGCAGCCCGCUCCCUCUGCCGUGUACCACUACUCUGACACCGGGGGGCACUCCGGCCACGUCCACCACAACAAAGUCAACGCCAUCUUUCAGGCUGCCAAGAAAGACCUGCUGAAGAUCAUCCAGCUCCAGGAUCCAAGUCUCCUGGAAGGCCGAGUUACUCUGAGACAAGUGAAGGCUGGAAGUGUGAUAGCAAACCAAGGAGACCAGGAUGUGAGCAUGCAGUUUGUGAUCUCUGGCAUGCUGCAUGUGUACCAGCGGAUGAUUGACAGAAACGAGGACUCGUGUCUGUUUGUGACUCACCCGGGUGAGCUGGUGGGUCACCUGGCCGUGCUCACUGGAGAGCCGCUCAUCUUUAGCGUACGUGCUCACCGAGAUUGCAGCUUCCUAUCCAUCUCCAAAACACACUUUUAUGAGAUGAUGCGUGAGGAGCCACAGGUGGUGUUGAAUGUGGCUCACACAGUUGUGCGCAGAGUCUCGCCCUUCGUCAGACAGAUUGAUUUUGCGAUAGACUGGAUGGCUGUGGAGGCAGGAAGGGCCGUUUAUAGGCAGGGUGAAAAGUCAGACAGCACCUUCAUCGUGCUGAGCGGUCGUCUGCGCUCAGUCAUCAUGAGGGAGGACAAAAAGAAAGAGCUGGCCGGAGAGUAUGGGAGAGGUGACCUCAUCGGCGUGGUGGAAGCUCUGACCCACAUGAACCGAGCUACCACAGUUCACGCAGUCAGAGACUCCGAGCUGGCUAAGCUGCCUGAAGGAGCGCUGAUCUCCAUCAAAAGAAAAUACCCUCAGGUUGUGACUAGACUGAUCCAUCUCCUCGGUCAGAAGAUUCUGGGAAACAUGCAGCAAGUCAGUGGACCGUUAUCAGCUCAUGGUCUUGGACUGCACUCUUCUGGCAGUAAGUGGGAUGCAGGUAAUCCUGUCUCCAACCUGUCCACCGUUUCCAUCCUGCCUGUGUCUGAUGACGUGCCCAUGACAGCCUUCACUCUGGAGUUGCAGCAUGCUCUCAGUGCUAUUGGCCCUACUUUACUCCUGACCAGUGACAUCAUCAGACAGCGCCUGGGUGCCGCAGCACUUGACAGCGUUCAUGAGUAUCGGCUGUCCAGUUGGCUGGGCCAGCAGGAGGACAUUCACAGGAUUGUUGUGUACCAGUCAGAUAGCACUCUGACACCGUGGACACAGCGCUGUAUCCGACAGGCUGACUGUAUUCUCAUUGUGGGACUGGGAGAGCAGGAGCCCACAGUAGGAGAGCUGGAACAGAUGUUGGAGGGCAGUGCGGUCCGGGCUCAGAAGCAGUUGGUGCUCCUGCAUCGUGAGGACGGACCUCCACCCAGAGGAACAGCCGAAUGGCUCAACAUGCGCAGCUGGAUUUCCAGACAUCUGCACAUGUCAUGCCCUCGCCGGGUUUUCAGCCGGAGAAGUCUGCCGAAACUGAGAGAGAUGUAUCAGCGUGUGUUUGAAAAGCCCCCAGACCGCCACUCUGAUUUCUCUCGCCUGGCUCGAGUGCUGACAGGCAAUGCCAUAGCCCUGGUGCUGGGGGGAGGAGGUGCUAGAGGCUGUUCUCAGGUGGGAAUCAUCCGGGCUCUGUGUGAAGCAGGGAUCCCUGUUGAUCUGGUAGGCGGCACUUCUGUCGGCUCCCUGAUGGCGGCGCUGUUUGCCGAGGAGAGAACUUACAGCCGAAUGAGAGUCAGAGCACGCGAAUGGGCCAUAGAGUUUGGUUCAAUGUUUAAGAAGAUCCUGGACCUGACAUAUCCAGUGACCUCCAUGUUCACCGGCGCAUCCUUUAACUCCAGCAUCAGUGCGUUGUUUAAGGACAAACAAAUCGAGGACCUCUGGAUUCCAUACUUUAACAUCACUACAGACAUCACGGCCUCUGCCAUGAGAGUGCACACUGACGGUUCUCUGUGGAGGUACGUGCGUGCCAGCAUGUCUCUCUCGGGCUACUUGCCUCCGCUUUGUGACCCAAAAGAUGGACAUUUACUCAUGGACGGUGGUUAUAUCAACAACCUGCCUGCUGAUGUAGCUCGCUCGAUGGGUGCCAAAGUAGUGAUUGCAAUUGAUGUAGGCAGCCAGGAUGAGACCAACCUAACCAACUAUGGAGACUCUCUAUCCGGGUGGUGGCUGCUAUGGAAACGCCUGAACCCUCUAGCAGAGAAAGUGAAGGUGCUGAACAUGGCGGAGAUCCAGACCCGGUUGGCCUACGUGUGCUGCGUGCGUCAGCUGGAAUUGGUGAAAGACAGCGACUACUGCGAGUACAUCCGACCUGCUAUCGACCGCUAUGGCACUUUGGAGUUUGGCAAAUUCGACGAGAUCGCUGAUGUGGGUUAUCAGCACGGGAAGACUGUGUUUGAUGUGUGGUGUCGCAGUGGUGUGGUGGAGAAAAUGCUGAAAGAUCGACAUCAGGAGGAGUUCCACAAGAGCAAGAGCACCAAUGUGGUGACCUGUCCUAAUGCCUCGUUCACUGACCUGGCUGAGAUUGUGUCCCGGAUAGAGCCGGUGAAGCAGGCCAUAGUGGAAGAGGAAUCGGAAUAUCACACAGACUACGAUGAGGACAUAGUGCUGUCUGACUUGGACUUGUCCUACGCUAGCAGCGAGCACGAACACACGGAGGAAGAGGACGAGAAUACAGACGAGACGGCUGACACCGCCGAUACGGAUGAAGAUUUCAAGACGGUGAGAAGACAAAGACGGCACCAGACAGGCAAUCACACGAGCCAUGACAUGCGUUGAGGAAGGAGUGAGGAUGCUAGGGGUGUAACUAUCAGAUGAUAUGGAUCAACACAUCAAUUUAAAAGGCAAUGAUUGAAAUCAGAUUGCAUUAAAUUGCACAUUCAGUGGUAUUUUAUUUUUUUAUUUUAUUUUAUUUUAUUUUUUUCAUUUUAUUUUUAUUUACUUCUGGUCAGCACCUCUGGGGUUAGGGGUUCGAUUUCUGCCUCUGCUCUGUGUGUGUGGAGUCUGCAUCUUCUCCUGGUGCUUUGGGGGUUUUCUCCAUGUACUCUAGUUUCCUCCCCAGUCCAUGAACAUGUGCUGUAGGCUGAUUGGCAUAUCUAAAUUGUUGGCAAUUGUGCCUUGCGAUGGACUGCCACCUCAUCCAGGAUGUCCCCUGCCUUGUGCACAGAGUCCCCGUGGAUAGACUCCAGGUCCUCACGACCCUGUGUACAUAAGUGAUACAGAUAAUGGAUUGGGUGGCUGCAACUGUUGCCUAAGGAAUCAAAAUCAUAUCAUAGCAGAUUUAGUUGUGGCAUUAAAUAUUACACUGUUACCUAAUGAAUCGAAUAAGAAUGAAUUCUUAUUGUGUCAUAGCAGAUUGAGAGGUUUCAUCAAAAAUAUUGAAAUGCCUUAACAAUUGAAUUGAUAUUUUAGCAGAUUCAGGGGUAUUGUCAAAUAUCUAAUCGUUGCCUUACGAACUGAAUUUAUCUCAUCAUAUAUUGUGGAAGUCUGAGGUUUACACCCCUAGAGGCUACAUCAAUGCACAUACUGUAGGUACAACAGUUAUUAACUCUAAGAAGGACAGAUUUGUAUUUUCAUUUAUUAUUAGAAAGGAAAAAGGGAAGGUAAUGUAAUUUGUUUAGUGCUAAUGCAUCUUAAGUAAACUGAACAGGAUAAACGGACAAACUGGAUUUAAAGCAAUUAGUGUGAAUUUUCUUGUGAAAUCAAGGGCCCACCGUUCUGGAUGCAGUUUUGCACAGUUCACUGUUUUACACACAUCAUGAAGGGAUGCGGUGCAGAGUUUGUGGUCAAGAGUUAAAAAAUUGGCCAGUGUUGUGAUCCUUCAGGCCUGGAACUGUGUGCCUUCUACAGAUUAAAGGGAUACUCCACCAGUUUUUAAUCCUAAUCUCUGUCCACCAUCUGAAGUAUCUGUGUUAUUACUAGAGGCAAGAAAUUCAAUACAAUUCUCUGAGCGUCUGCCUGAACUGGACUUUGGUCAAACAAGAUAUUUUCCUAAUACAGGAAAUCGUGUUGAAAUUCUUUUCCAUGGUAGUUUGACAAAACUGUACAGAUCCAGUGAACACAGAUAAUGUUGAUAAACUCUUGAGUAUCCCUUUAAUACUAAAUAUGUGACACCUAGAUAAGCUGCUGUUCACACAAAUACAUAUCGCACAAGCCAUUGUUCUCUGGUUUCUCAUUUCUAAUAGCAUUUCUAAUGCAAGCCAAUCAAUGCAAUUUUAUAUAUAAAUAUUUUAGCUGCUAUUUGUGGGUGUGUGCCAUUUGUUUUGUUUAUGUCUGUGAUCUGUUAAUUGAUGAAAAAAGCUCUUUUGUGAUUGUAAUUUAAUGAUGUAGUGUAUGACUGACAUUUAUGAAGUACACAGCGUUUCAGUAUUAUUAGUACAUAGAAGAAUAUGAUAUUCCCUACUUGGAUUUAACUGUGGUUUUAAUACAGGGCUUUACAUUUCUACAUUACAUGGUUAGUUGUUUAGUUAUAAAAUACGACUGUAAGUAAUAAAAGAAAAUAAGACUGUACAAAAUAAAAGAAAAUACAACUG